AUGUCCGUAAAACCGAAGGCGUCUGAAGCCAAAGUACCUGUGCUGAAGGGACAAGAUGCCGAGAAUAAGGUGCUAGAGUAUGUGAAGAGGAUGAAUCGCCCAUUCGGUGCUGUCGAUGUAUCAGCGAACCUGAAGGGCGCUGUGCCGAAGACAGCGACCCAGAAAAUCAUGGUCGCUCUCGCAGAGAAGGGGGAGCUGGUGCAGAAGACAUAUGGGAAGACGACAUUCUUCGUCGCUAACCAGGCCAAUCUGGAAGACAUGCCGGUGGAGAAGCUCGCUGCGUUGGAUUCGGAAUACAAGUCGAUCGAAGAAGAAAACAAGACUCUUCUCGUGGAGGUUAGAACUGCAUCGGCAGAGCUUGCAAGGUUGAAAAACGCUCCCACGGAUGUAGAGCUAGCUGUCGAACUGAAUGAUGCAUCCAACGCGACCGCGAAAGCUCGCACGCGGCUGGAGCCGUUGAGGUCUGGCGCCCCACUCAUCUCCGCAGAAGAUGUCGCCCGACUUGACGCUGAAUGGAACAAAUGGCGAAACGAAUGGGUCCGACGGAAGAAAAUUUUCACAACCUUUUGGCAGCUCGCGACAGACGCCCUCACUCCACGAGAUGCUAUCGAACUUGGAGAAGAUUUGGGUAUAGAGCUGGACACGUCUGAACACGCAACCAUCGAGCGCGGCCCGUUAUGCACUUUUGCCAGCACCCUCGGGAAACGGCGAAGAGUCACUAUCUGUAGCCUACACUUUGUUCAAAUUAUCCUCGCAAUUUCGCAUACACCCGUUGUCAACAGCAUCGGCUAA